AUGGGGAACAUCAACAUUUGGAGUACAGACAUCAGUAACACCGACAUUGGGAGUACAGACAUCGGGAACACCGACAUGGGGAACACCGACAUGAGGAACACCGACAUGGGGAACACAGACAUGGAGUGUACAGACAUGGAGAACACCGACAUGGGGAGUACAGACAUGGGGAACAUCGACAUGGGGAACAUCAACAUUUGGAGUACAGACAUGGGGAACACCGACAUUGGGAGUACAGACAUGGGGAACACCGACAUGGGGAACAUCAACAUUUGGAGUACAGACAUGGGGAACACCGACAUUUGGAGUACAGAUAUGGGUAACACCGACAUGGGGAACACCGACAUGAGGAACACCGACAUGGGGAACACCGACAUGGGGUGUACAGACAUAGGGAACACCGACAUGGGGUGUGCAGACAUGGGGAACAUCGACAUUGGGAGUACAGACAUGGGGAACACAGACAUGGGGAGUACAGAUAUGGGGAACACCGACAUGGGGUGUGCAGACAUGGGGAACAUCGACAUUGGGAGUACAGACAUGGGGAACACCGACAUGCGGAGUACAGAUAUGGGGAACACCGACAUGGGGAGUACAGAUAUGGGGAACACCGACAUCGGGAACAUCGGCAUUGGCAGUACAGACAUGGGGAACACCGACUUGGGGAACAUCGACAUUUGGAGUACAGACAUGGGGAACACCGACAUGGGGAACACCGACAUGGGGAGUACAGAUAUGGGGAACACCGACAUGGGGAACAUCGGCAUUGGGAGUACAGACAUGGGGAACAUCGACAUUGGGAGUACAGACAUGGGGAACAACGACAUGGGGAGUACAGACAUGUGGAACACCGACAUAGGGAGUACAGAUAUGGGGAACACCGACAUGGGGAACAUCAACAUGGGGAGUACAGACAUGGGGAACACCGAGAUGGAGUGA